CAGAUGACUCCUCGCCAUUUGUAACAGGUAUCAUUCUGUACAGAAACUUGGGAAGUGUUCUGAAUUUGCAGAGAAAUGGCACCGUACUCAACUCCAAGAUUGUAUCAGUCACCAUCAAACCCACUCCUGCUUCCCUUUCUGCUCCAGUUACAGUUGAAUUCUCUCACUUGUUCAACGGCACCAUCAACCAGACAUGUAUAUCCUGGGAUGAGAAUGAGAGCUCCUCUCUGCUGGGAUCCUGGUCUGCAAGGGGCUGCAAAACCGUUCUCGUCGAUUCACACAGAACCAAAUGCCAGUGUGACAGACUGUCCACCUUCGCCAUUUUAGCACGACUUCAUCCCGAAAUGAAUAUGGAUAAAACACAGCUCCCAUCUGUGACGCUAAUUGUGGGUUGUGGAGUGUCUUCUUUAACAUUGUUGCUACUCAUCAUCAUCUAUGUGUCAGUCUGGAGAUAUAUUCGGUCUGAACGAUCCGUCAUACUUAUCAACUUCUGCCUUUCAAUCAUUUCCUCCAACGCUCUAAUUCUCAUCGGACAGACCCAAACAAGAAAUAAGGUCCUAUGCACCGUAAUCGCUGCGUUUCUUCACUUUUUUUUCCUGUCAUCAUUCUGUUGGGUCCUGACGGAGGCUUGGCAGUCAUACAUGGCAGUGACGGGUCGUCUACGGAAUCGAAUAAUACGCAAGCGUUUUCUCUGUCUUGGCUGGGGUCUCCCUGCCCUUGUUGUUGCAAUCUCAGUGGGUUUUACCAAGGCAAAAGGCUAUGGAACACCAAGCUACUGCUGGUUAUCUCUGGAAGGAGGUCUUCUCUAUGCAUUUGUUGGACCAGCUGCCGCUGUUGUCUUGGUUAACAUGGUUAUUGGGAUUCUCGUUUUUAACAAACUGGUGUCCAAAGACGGCAUUACUGAUAUGAAACUAAAGGAGAGGGCGGGUCAGAUGACAGUGCCACUGUACAAUAUGACGCUCAAAUGUGCCAAGUGUGGAGUUAUCUCGUCGGCUGACGUAUCCACCACAGCUACCAGUAACGCCAUGGCCUCACUGUGGAGCUCCUGUGUGGUUUUGCCCCUUCUGGCUCUCACGUGGAUGUCAGCCGUACUUGCCAUCACUGAUCGGCGCUCUGCACUAUUCCAGAUUCUUUUUGCUGUCUUUGAUUCUAUGGAAGGCUUUGUCAUCGUCAUGGUCCAUUGCAUCCUGCGAAGAGAGGUUCAGGAAGCAGUAAAAUGCCGUGUGGUAGAUCGCCAGGAAGAUGGUAAUGGGGAUUCUGGUGGCUCUUUCCAGAAUGGACAUGCUCAGCUUGUGACUGACUUUGAGAAGGAUGUUGAUAUGGCUUGCAGAUCAGGCACUAUGAAGCACUCCUCCCUCCAGGGAGAGGAAAAAGCCUCUUCUGGGGCUGUAACCCUCCAAAGAGGCUCUAACUUCAAUACCAUGCCAGCCAGUAUGGCCAAAGUCCACCUCCAGAAGAUGGCUGACUAUAAUAGCCACACACUGACUCUACGUAGAGAGAAAUGUACCACUAAAGGAAUCAGCACUGAGUUGCCAGGUGCCAAAUCAAUUUACAUCUGCGAUAGUGAUCUCUUUAAACAACUAGAAGGUGAGCUUCCACAAAGGAAUGGAGAAGGAAGCAGUUGUGAGGGCACUGGCAAAGCCCCGGGGCUCGUCCAUUUACCAACCAACAACAUAGGCACCCUAAGGCCAGCCAAGGGCAAAGAAGAGCAACCGACCAAGUAUAACAUAAGUGCUGAACAGCUACCUCAGACAAGGCUUGUCCACCUGGCUAACCCUGUUGCCGGUGAGCCAGUGCUAGGAUUUGGACUGAAGAGCCUGCCUGCUGACCAGGUCAGUGUGUCAUGCUCAGAGAGAGAAUCACCUGCACAUAACCGUCACAACCUACCAAGAGACUCUCAAGUGGACAGCAGCACCUGCAAUGGAGCAGAAUCCGGAAACUCUGCUGUGAUGACCAAGAGUGAAACUGUUUCCACUCUAUCAACAAGCUCCCUGGAGAGGCGAAAAUCACGCUAUGCAGAGCUUGACUUUGAGAAGAUAAUGCACACCCGGAAACGCCACCAGGACAUGUUUCAGGACCUGAACAGGAAGAUUCACAGUGCAGACAUGGCUGUAGAGUCUCCACCUGUUGAUGCCAAAGCUACUAAAAGAUGGAGUGUGUCCUCUGCCAGCAGCGACAAGACCAACAUAAGUGAUAAGCAGCACACCCCAAGUAAGAGGGCAUGGGAGGGUGUUCAAAUCACCCACUCGCCUUCAUCCUGGGGAAAAAAAGACCCGGCAAAAGCAGUGAUCUCCCCUUUGGAGUUGCAGACGGUGGAGUGGGAGAAGACCAGUGCAACUAUUCCUUUGGUAGGCCAGGAUAUCAUGGACCUGCAGACGGAGGUGUGAAAAAUAAACCGUUUCUUCAACUUACCUUUCACUUCACUCUUGGACAAAUAAGGAACAUGUCACAUAUACUGGAGGGGCUUCGCUGCAAAUGUGAGGAGAAAUGAGUAAAAAAGACAAUAAAUGCAGGACAUUGACAUAAAAGAACUGGUAUCAUGAAGUCUUUGUAUGUUGUUUUAUUUAAUGUUUGGACCUUGUUGUCAUCAGACAUGAACUGCCUCUCCGAAUAUGGCCAGGAGUACCAUUCUGGCUCACGUGGAAGACAGUUGGGUUGGAGAUUUGGUGACUCCAUUGUGUAUCAUACACACUGUUGUCUAGUAUGUAUGUGAUGGUUGUAAUGUACAAAUUAGUCAUGUCUUCUUUCCAUUCAGUGUUACUACAUCACUGUUGCACCCGCUCUUUCUCCAAAUCAGCACUGGAUCAAGAUACAUUUUUGGUGAUAAAUUGAAAUAGUUUGAGGACAGGCUGCCAAGCACCCACUCCUACCCUUCUCAAGGCAAUCCCUUCCCCUGCACAACUCACCUUUUAUCCUUUUGGCUCUGACAUUUUUUUCCACCUUGACACUGUUGGCAGUGGUGAGAGACAAGUGAAGGGGAAUGUGGAUGAAACCAAAAUCAAGUACGCAAAUGGAGAAAGGCCUUCUCUGAGAUUCUUGCAAACUUUGUUGACUUAUGGGGCCUCGACCUCAAUGCUACCACCCUUGAAGAUCGGGGGUACCUCGCAUCUUGUCUGUCAUUUUAUCCGACCAUGAUGUGGCAUUUGUUGUCAAAGACAAGCAGGCAGGCUUACGAUAGCUAACAUUAAAUGUUUAACAUUGGUAUCAGAAAGCAGUAUGUAUGUUGAAAAUUCCAAGAUGGAUAUGUGACUCAAUAUAUAAAUAUAUACCAUAUAUGUUGUGAUACACAAAAGGAACAUGAAAGCACAAGGCUCAUUUGGAGUCAUGAUGUACAGCAUUGUAAUUACUGACAGAGUUCUACAGAGUGGAUUUCAGCAUUUAAAUAUAUCCCAUACUCUGCUUGGGAAGAGUUAUUAUUGAAAAGAUCUAUUGUGAUAUAUCUCCUUAUUUUCCCGUUCCUGUCUUUUCAAGAUACUGGACUAUAUGCGUGUUCUGUAUCACAAUGUAACCUGUGUGUUUUUUAUACCACAACCAUUUACUCUUGGAUCUCCUUGCUGUUGUCCCCUGUCCUGUAAUCUGCUCGAUCGCCAGCCUUUCUCACAGAGCCCUCCCACACCUCCUGACUUGCCUUUUUUAUUUUAUCUGGGGCCAUCUGUUUGGUAAUGUACAGUUUU